CCGACAUCAUCAUCCCCUUCAUCAUCCGCCUUUCCCGCAGGAAUUCCUCUCCUGGGAGCCGGAGCUGAGCCCCCUCCCCUGCCCUGGCACUGAGGCAAGUUCUCCGGGCAGUGCCCGUGGAAUUCAGGUCAGAACAGCCGAACCUGGGAGGUUCUGCUGGUUCUGCUCUGUCCGCGGCAGCGCUCGGGGCUGUUUCGGUGUUUCACCGGGUGAACUUUCCCCCGUGGGCCCGAGAAAGUCGCAGCUUUUCGGGAGGGUUUGAGGGGCAGGGGAGGGUCGGGAUCGCCCUUUGGGAGGUGCUGCCCCAGCCGGGGUGUGGGGCCUCUCGAAACCAGGCCAGGUGGGCAAAGGGCGCUUGGGAGGGAAGCGGAGCAGCAAAGAGCCCGCUCUGUUCUGAAUCCCCUUGGAUCCAGGCAGGAAUGAGUUACAGCCUGACUUUGAUGAGGAAAUUACAGAGUUUUUUUAAAAACAAACAGUCCCAUCCCCACCUCCUCCUGUUCCCAAACUUUAAAGAACUUUUCCUGCCCCUGAAAUGAGGGCACUUGCCAGGGGUUCAGGCGUAGCUCAGCACUGGAGCUGGACGUGAAUCAGGUUUUCUUCAGGACUUCUCUGAGCAAGAGCAGGGAAUUUUGCUCAGCGAGGACGCCGAGUUUGGCCUCAUCAUGGCCACGGUGGUGACGGAGAAGCUCAGCCGGCUCUUUAUCAAUGUCAGGCAGCUCCCUCAGCUGCUGGGGCCGCUGUCCCCGGGCACGGUGAGCAGCGCCGAGGUGCCGCCGGUGUUCUGGAAGCCCUACAUCCACGGCGGCUACCGGCCCGUGCGCCAGACCUGGCGUUACUACUUCUCCACGCUCUUCCAGCAGCACAACGAGGCCAUCAACGUCUGGUCACACCUGGCGGCCGCCCUGGGGCUGCUGCUGCGCUUCCAGCACCUCUGGCAGCGCGUGGACUUCGGGCAGGACGCGCACGCCCGGCCCCUGCUCAUCAUCCUGGCCGCCGCCGUCACCUACUUGACCUUCAGCAGCCUCGCCCACCUGCUGCAGGCCAAGUCCGAGUUCUGGCACUACAGCUUCUUCUUCAUGGACUACGUGGGGGUGGCCGUGUACCAGUACGGCAGCGCCCUGAGCCACUUCUACUACGCCAUCGAGCCCAGCUGGCACCGGCGCGUGCAGGGAUUCUUCCUGCCGCUGGCGGCGGCGCUGGCCUGGCUGUCCUGCGCCGGCUCCUGCUACGCCAAGUUCCGCUUCCACCCGUCCUGCCCGCUGCCCGGCCGGCUGUGCCAGGAGCUGCCCUCGGGCCUGGCCUACCUGCUGGACAUCAGCCCCGUGAUCCAUCGCAUCUGCACCUCGGCGCGCCCCGACCCCGCCCUGCUCUACCACAAGUGCCAGGUGCUCUUCUUCCUCGUCGGGGCCUUCUUCUUCUCCCAUCCCUACCCUGAGAAGUGGUUCCCCGGGAAGUGUCACUUUGUGGGGCAGAGCCACCAGAUCUUCCACGUGUUCCUGGUGCUCUGCACGCUGGCGCAGAUCGAGGCCGUGGUGCUGGACUAUGAGUCCAGGAGGGAGAUCUACUCCUCCCUCCAGCGGGGCCUGGCUCACGACUUCUCUGCCCUGUUCCUCGUCACCGUCACCUGCUCUGUCCUCACAGCCACCUACAUGGCCCAGAGGGUGAAGAACAAGCUGGGCCUCAAGGAAGAGUAAAGUGGGUUCAGCCCAACUCCAGCCCCAAGCCCCCAGAUGCUGCUUCAUGAACUCUUACUCAGCAAGUGCUUUCUCUAGGGAAUCAAAGAGAUGCUUUUUAUGCUUUUUUAAUCCAGCCUAAGUUCCAGCUUGCUCGUAGAAUGGUACCUGGGUUCCGUUCACCUCUGAAUAAACAGUUGGAACAAAG